AUGGCAACGUCUUAUGCAAACCCUGAUUCUCAACAAAAUGAAUACAAUGCAGCUGAUGUCCAUAUCGAUGAUCAUCAUGAAUUGAUUCAACAGAUUGAUACAGAAAUCAAAGAUCUUACUAAACAGCAACAACUCGAUAAAGAAAAAGAAAACAAAUUGCAGAGAUAUAUUAAUGAAUUGAAACAACAAACCCAACAAUGCGAAAAUGAAAUAAAAAAGUUUGAGGAAGAAGUAAAACGUAUGACUGCUGAAAUAGAACGACUGGAACAAGAAUUAGAUGCUAUAAAAGAUGAACAGCAGCGUUUACAAAAUGAAAUUCAACUGAAAGAGCAAGAACGAGAUCGUUUAGAACAAAAAUUUCGAAUAGAAAAACAACGUCUCGAGCAAUUGCAAGAUCAACUUCAAAAAUUAGAAGACGCAAAGCAAGUACUCGAAGAACAACGUGAACGUUUGGAAGAAUUACGUCAACAAAUAGAACGAGAACUAGAAGAGGUCAAUCGCCAAGUACAACAAAUAGAACAUCAAAUACAAGAACUGCAAGCUCGUAUUGAACGCUUGCAAGAAGAAAUCCGACAAUUACAGCUUGAAAUUCAACGUAUCGAAAGACAAAUGCAAGAUUUAGAAAUUGAAUUGGCAAGAAUAGAGCAAAAACUCGAAGAAACCGAAAGAAAACUUCAAGAAUGUCAACAAAAUAUGGAUGAAAUUAAUGAAAAAAUUAAUCAAAUCGAAGAUAUGAUUAAAAGGAUUGAACAAGCCAUAGAGAUGAAACGUAAUAGAAAACAAGAAUUGGCGACAUACAAACUCGACUUACAACAGAAACUAGUGGAAGCUAUAUCCAAGAUGGUUCAAAUCCAAAUACAAGUCGCAUUACUACAACAGCAAAUUACCCAAGGAAAAGAACAAAUUAAUCAACUCAAACGCACUUUAGAAACUUUAAAACACACUGUUCAAAAACUUGAAAAUCAAAUGAGAUCAUUGGAAAAAGAAUUUAAAAUUUUAGAGUAA